AUGGACACCAGAGCCACGUAUGAUGUGGACGUGACCAGCCUUGACCUUCAGAUCCAGAAGAUGCCAACAGCUCUGUCCACUGAGACGGGAGGAGGAAGUGUUUGUCUGGUGUGUGGACAAGGAGGGGGGGUGCUGCUGAAGUGUCCAGGGCCCAGGGGGAAGAAAGUGAGGUCUUGUGGCCAGCAGUUUCAUGUCCAGUGUUUAAAUAAGGACCAGGAGGAUGUUGGCAGGUGUCCUAAUUGUCAGUCAGAUCAUGUUUGUUCCUCCUGCCAAAAGCUGGACAAGGCCACCAGGAAGUGUUCCCAGUGCCCCAAGUUCUACCACGAGGGCUGUGUGUCUAACAGGCUGGCUGUGUGGAAGGAGAAGACCUUCACCUGCCCCCUACAUGUGUGUUCAACCUGUGUCAGCACAAGGUCAAGGUCAUGCUCGGACCCACUGUACAGCUGUGUCAGGUGCCCCACUGCCUACCAUGGCAGCAACCUCUGUCUGCCUGCUGGCUCCCAUAUCCUGGACAACAAUCUGCUCAUCUGCCCCGGCCACUUGAAGGCUGUCAAAACAAACUCCCAGCACGCCAGGGUCAACAUGAAGCAGUGUGUGGAGUGUGGGAAAGGUGAGAAUCUCAAGCUUUGCCACUCAUGUCCAGCUGCCUACCACCCCACCUGUGGUGGGGCAGAGUUCAAAGGUCAAGCCAUUGAUACAGAAAAACUGAGUGAGACUCUAGGCACACAACAGAAAGAGAUUUGGCUUUGUCCCCACUGUGUGCAGGGGAGGAAACUUUUGUAUGGAGAUAUUGUCUGGAUUAAACUAGGAUUUUAUAGAUGGUGGCCUGGAGAGAUCUGUCAUCCUUUAACUGUCCCCAAAAAAGUGGCAAAGAAAUCUCACAGGAUAGGAGAGUUCCCAGUGAGAUUUUUUGGUGAAAAUGUCUACUGCUGGAGUCAUCAAGGGAGGGUGUACCCGUUUGAAGGAGCCAGUUAUCUCAGGGGCACCAGCACCAAUGGCAACCUGGACAAGGAUUAUAACCUGGGUCUGAGAGAGGCCAUAGCAGCUUCUUCUUUUGUUGCUAGGUUAAGACAAGAACAGAAUGAAAAGGUUGAGUGA